UUUUUCUUUUAAGUCAUUGAGUCAUAAGGUCAAUGUAUUGAAAUAAGAACUCUCUCUCUCUCUCUCUCGCGCGCGGCACUGGCAGUGAGAAAAAUUUGCAGAAGUCUCCAUCUUCAUUCUUCACGUCCACGAAUCCUUCGGCACGCGGCACACCUUCGCUCCGACUCCACCAUUGAUAGAACUGAGCGUCUUCUUGAAGUAAGGAUCUUCUUUUUGUACCAAGGGCCAAGUAAUUCCUAAAUCUCGAUAUGACGGAAGAAGACAUAAAUAGGUGCCAGAUUCAGGAAUGGUACCCGAACUUCAAAUCCUGCUCCAUAAAAACAAUAAUUCAUGAGCUUCCAGAGUCCUUUGUCCAAUACCUGCUCGAUGAUUCUGGCCCAUUCCUCCUCCCUCUUUCAAUUACAAAUGAUGAUGCUCUGCCAAACAGAGUCCAUAAACCGGAAGAGCAAGAAGAUUUUGUCACACUUGAGGGAUCCGGAGAUGAAGCCGAGGAACCCGUACCACCCCCGUCUUUUCCGGAAUUUGAAAUGGAAAUUAAAGCAUCCAUUGGAUCCCUCGGGGGAGCUGUCUUUCCUAAGCUUAACUGGAGUGCACCUAAAGAUUCCGCUUGGAUCAGUUCAACUGGGAAUCUCAAAUGUACCAAUUUCUCAGAGAUUGCCCUUCUGCUACGGUCGUCUGACUCAGUUGUCCAUGAUCUUUGCCAUGCAUAUGAUUCAUGCACAGAUAAGACUGCAUCAAGGCCAUCAAGUUUCUUCCUUGCACUCCGCAAAUGGUACCCUUCUCUAAAACCUGAGAUGGAAUUUCGUUGCUUUGUACGCCAUAAACUCCUUGUCGGGAUUUGUCAACGGGAGGUAACUAACUUUUAUCCUGCUCUUCUUGAGAAGAAAGAUGAUUUGGAAAUGAUGAUCGAGGAAUUUUUCAUGGAGAAGGUGAAGGGGAAUUUUGGAUCUGAGAGUUACACAUUUGAUGUGUAUGUCACAAAAGAUAGACGAGUUAAGCUUUUGGAUUUCAACCCUUGGGGUGCAUCUACUCUACCCCUGAUGUUUACAUGGGAUGAAUUGGAAGAGAAGUUGAGAGAAGAAGGCAAUGAGUUGGAAUUUAGGAUUGUGGAGGGCCGCUGUGGAAUUCGUCCGGGUUUAAAAACUGCAGUUCCUUAUGAUUAUUUGGAUACAAGUCAAGGAAGUGGCUGGGAUCAGUUCCUAAGAAAUGCUGAUGAGGAAUUGAGGCGGCAAACAUCAUCUACUGAAGCAGGAGCUUGAGCAUAUGCUUCCCCAGAAUGGUUUAACUCGUACUCAUUCAAUGAAUUUCUUCUUCAGUUUCUUAUUUCAUCGAAUUCAGCAGCUAGCAGAAGCAAAUAGUUGGAAUAUUGAAUUUGUUAGGUUACUUUUCAAGAAUCCACAUGUUUAAGAUGGCAGUAGAUCACAGAUAUGCUGAUUCCUCGUGCUUGGGCGGCAAGUACAAAAUAUGGGUAGAUAGUGGUAAGAAGAUGCGCAAGAACAACUCUUGCCACUAUCUAAGCUCCACAUGGCUUAUGAAUUAGCUGAAUCUAAGAUCAGAGUAGAGGUCAAUACAGAAUGUCAUAACUCACACGCUCGGAAAAUAAUGAUUAGCUUUAAUGUUUCUUAUUACGGAUGCAGUGUUUCUGUUAUCAUGAGAAGGCAGGAACUCAAAUCUUGAUACCCUUUGCAGGUAUUUUAGUAAUUUAUUUGGUAUUGCAACUGUCGAUAUGUAAUUUUCAGAAAACCUGAAUUCUUCGUCAAUUAUUUAAAAUACUGUAUCAUGUAAAAAGUACUGGCAACUUAUUAUUGUAGAAGUGGAACCAAACAAGUAUUGAUCACA